AGGAGGAGAAAGGGAAAGCACAAGCAGCGGCAGCACCAGCAGCGAGGAGAGGAGAGGGGGAGUGAUGAGUCAAUACAACUAAUAAUUUAAUGGGGACAGAGAGGGAGAGACGGAGUGAGAGGGGGAGAGACAGAGGGAGACAGAAAGAAAGAAAGAGGAGCUCCGUCCGGACGCCAAACCCCAACCAACAGGACACCUCCUACUAUUACUAUGGCAGGCAGCUCUCUUAUGCAUCCACUGCAAGCCUUAUUUAUGCUCGACAUCGGAAAGUAAUCCGCACUUUUUGACCCCCCUCUCCUUGUUUUAUUUUGCGAACCUGUUUCGACUGUCCGCAUAUAUCGGCUCUACAUCGCCUCCAACGCGAUAGCGAGACCACACUGUCGGUUAUUAUUUUUCUCUCUCUCAGUCAGCCGGUAGUCAAAUAGAGCUUAACCGACGUUGAGCUAUUUUUGUGUACGUUAGUCGCUCUUGAACGUACACAACAAGGAUUUAUUGGGUCUCGGCGGCGGUUACCAUCAUUACAACUGUGUCCGAGGUGCUUUGGUUUCUACCGGCGGCUGCUAACUGUACUGUGCGGCUGCCUGCCUGCCUGCCUGCCGAUGUAGCGAUUUGGAUGUUGUGGUUGCGAACUAAAGCCGAAGUCGCCUUCACUUGUAACGAUGGACGCGGCUAACCGCUCACUUUGUGCUAAAUGUCGCCCGUUCUAACGCUUUUGGUUUCCGUUUUUCUCUUCCAGUUGGACGGAAUAAGCUAACGGACACCACACACGCAUAGACAGACACACACACACACACACACACACACACAUAACCGCUUACCAAUGUUCGCCUAUCACAGUCCAUCUCGACCUCGUCGUCUCUCGCACAGACCCGGGUUGUUGUUUUUUCCUACCGCCUGUCAGUCACCCGCAAAGAAGAGCAGGAGAAAGCGUCUUUUUAAACACUGAUACAUAUUUUUUUAAAUAACCGUUUGCUGUCAUGCACACGUAGAUAGAGGGAGAGAGAGAGGUAACAAGACCGGGAAGCAGGAGUUGUUUCGGGUGUCUUUUUUUCUACCCUGGCCAAACUUAAAGAAGACGUGUUUUCGAGGCGGUGUUAUAUGCUCCUCAGUGCUGAAGUGCUGCGUUUCAGGUGAUAGUGAGCAGAGGUGCUGAGAAUGAUGGACCAUCUCAGCGAGGCGUGUAUGGGCAAGGAGAACUCUGACCUGGUCAACAGCAUGGCGGAGGCCAAGGCCCCGCCGGCCAAGCUGCCCCGGCUGGAGCAGAACGGCAGCCCCCUGGGCCGGGCCAGGCUGGGCAGCACCGGGGCCAAACUAGCCGGGGUCCCAUACAAACCCACCGGCCACCUGCUGAAGACCUGUCACAAGAGAGGCAACAUGCUGCCUGUGUUCUGUGUGGUCGAGCACUACGAGAAUCCCAUGGAUUUCGACAGCAAGGAGGAGCACGCCGAGUUCGUCCUGGUGCGUAAGGACAUGCUCUUCAACCAGCUCAUCGAGAUGGCCCUGCUGUCGCUGGGCUACUCCCACAGCUCAGCGGCCCAGGCCAAAGGUAUGAUUCAGGUGGGGAAGUGGAACCCUGUCCCUCUGUCAUACGUGACAGACGCACCGGACGCUACAGUGGCUGACAUGCUGCAGGACGUCUACCACGUGGUCACGCUUAAGAUCCAGCUGCACAGAAAUCUAGCCAGUAACACCUUAAAUUGUUUCACCGAGCACAACGAGCCAGGAAGUUGUCCUAAGCUGGAGGACCUGCCGCCCGAGCAAUGGAGCCACUCUACAGUAAGAAACGCCCUCAAGGAGUUACUCAAAGACAUGAAUCAGAGCUCUCUGGCUAAAGAAUGUCCCUUAUCACAGAGUAUGAUUUCCUCCAUUGUGAACAGCACUUACUAUGCAAAUGUGUCGGCGGCGAAGUGUCAGGAAUUUGGGCGCUGGUAUAAACAUUUCAAGAAGACAAAAGAUAUGAUGGGUAUGCGCCAACCCUCCCAGCUGGAGGGCUACCUGGGGACGUGUGUCCUCCGUGAGAGCCCACGUGCCAAUGCACUAGCAGAGAUAGAUGGCCUAUCCGACCUCUCUCCACCCGGCUCUAAUCACAGCCACAGUCACAACCACAACCACAACCACCUAGGCUUCUCCCAGCAGCAGCAGCCUAUUCCCGGCAGCACAGCCGAGCAGACUCCUUCCUCGCCGGUGCCCCCGCUGCCCCACGCUCCACCGCUGCCCCACGCUCCACCAACGCACGGUGGCCAGACCGGUGGCCGGCAGCCGCAGCUUCCCAGUCUGCACCACCCGGGAUUGGUGUCCACACCCAUCAGCCCCCAGCUGGUCAACCAGCAGCUUGUAAUGGCACAGAUCCUCAACCAGCAGUACGCAGUGAACCGGCUGCUGGCGCAGCAGUCCCUGUCCCAGCAGUACCUCAACCACCCACCUGUCAACCGCAACUCCCACUCCAAGCCCAUGGAGCCACAGGUGGCAUCAAAUACAGAGGUGUCCGUUGAGAUUUACCAGUGGGUGAGGGACGAGCUGAAGCGGGCGGGCAUCUCACAGGCAGUCUUUGCCCGCGUGGCUUUCAACAGAACCCAGGGCCUGCUGUCCGAGAUUUUACGCAAGGAGGAAGACCCUAAAACAGCGUCCCAGUCGCUGCUGGUCAACCUCCGCGCCAUGCAGAACUUCCUGCAGCUGCCGGAGGCUGAGCGCGAUCGCAUCUAUCAGGAUGAGAGGGAACGCAGCCUCACGGCAGCGUCAGCAAUGGGCGCACCUCCGCUCAUCAGCACUCCACCCAGCCGACCUGUACAGCCGCGGAGGGAAGACUGUAACAGCGUGAGGCCCGACGACUGGAAUCCUCGAACCCCCGUGGGCAUUUCCCCUGUAAAACCGUCGCCUCUGCCCAGCGAGUGGAACGGCAAAACAGAGAGCUGCAUCCUCAACAUCAACUCCACCAUUUACGACGAGAUCCAGCAGGAGAUGAAGAGGGCCAAAGUUUCCCAAGCCCUGUUUGCAAAGGUGGCCGCCUCCAAGAGCCAGGGUUGGCUCUGUGAGCUGCUGCGUUGGAAGGAGGAUCCCUCUCCGGAGAACCGGACUCUCUGGGAGAACCUCUCCAUGAUCCGCCGCUUCCUGAGCCUCUGCCAGGUCGAACGCGACGCCAUCUACGAGCAGGAGAGCAGCGCCGGGCAGCAGCAGCAUCACAACGAGCGGCCCAUGCACUUGAUGCACAUCUCCACUGAGCAGCCACAGGCUCAGCUACCCCAUUCACAUCAGCAACACCCGCCCUCCCUGUCCCUCCAGCACCCUUCCCAACCCCUUUUGUCCCAGCAGCCCUUGCAGCAACUGCAGCCCUGCACUGGUCCCCGGUUGCCGCCUCGCCAGCCUUCCACCGCUUCCCCAGCCGAGACGGAGGACGAGGGCAGCCGCGGAGGGAGCAUCAAGUCCCGCACCUGCGGAGGGAAGAUCUCCCUGGAGGCUCUGGGCAUCCUGCAGAGCUUCAUCCAGGACGUAGGCCUGUACCCCGACGAGGAGGCCAUCCACACCCUAUCGGCCCAGCUGGACCUGCCCAAGCUCACCAUCAUCAAGUUCUUCCAGAGCCAACGCUUUUACAUCAAUCACCCAGCCAAGGCGCUCAAGGAGCCCAGUAACAACAACAAAAACAGCAGCAACGCGGCAACCACCCACACCAACACAAGCAGCAGCGGCGGCAGCAGCAGCAGCAGCCCGGCCUUCGAGGAGGAGCUGACGGACUUCAGAGAGAAUGCAGAGCUACUGAAAGAGCUGGACGACAGCACGCAGACCAACAGCACCAUCUUCUCCAUCAAGAUGGAAGAGCACCUGGCCCGAGGCGCAGAGGCCCAGUCCGAGUCUGAGCACGAGGCCAAGGAGUAGGACUCCCCCCUUGUCUGAACAUGUACUCAGAGUUUUCCCGUGCACACACAGACUGAUGACUGUGCUAAAUGUAACGCUCUGGCCGACACAGAACCACCACACUGCAAAUAAAGAAAAGUAGUGUUUUUAAUCAGUACAGUGUCUGGACUAUAUGGGAGUGUUUAUAUAUAUAUAUAUAGUUGCAGACUGACAGGCUAUGUGAAGUGAGUGUUCACACACUGAAGAGCCCAUUUCAGACUCAAGUACUACUUUUUGGAUUUUGUAAAACUUGUAUUAUUCACUGUAAAGACUGACGCAUCAUUUAAACAAUCUGCACAAAAAAUUAUUCUAAGUAUGUUGCCGUGGAUAUUUGCUGACUGCACUCUAUGUCUGUUGUUUUACACUGACUUACUUUAUCUUUUUGAGCUACUGAUUAUAUUUAAAAAGAAAAAAGUCCCCCUGGAGUUUGCCAGGACUUUGAUAGGUGUUUACGUUAUGUGAUGUUUAACUGGAUAAAAAAAAUAAAAAUAAGAAAAUGAAAUCUAGGACCAAGGGGUUGACAAGGCCUUAAUUAUGAGGUAGUCUGGAGCCCGCUGGCAGAUUAGUUAUUAUUUUAAUAAUGUGAUUAUAGAUCACUCCAAACUCUGGAACGCAAUCACCCAGCCCAGGUGAAUCUCCCAAGAACAGCUCAGUCUUUACAUAUUAUUUGUUAGGGAGGAAAUAUAAAUAUAUAUAUAUAUAUAUAGACAUUAUAUUGUAACUGUAAAAAAAAAAAAUAACAGUCUUAAAGAAACUAUGCCAACAAAUGCCUUGUACUAUACGGCACUGCCGAUUUUAGAUUAUUUUGCAAAACCUUUGUCACUGUAACUCUCUGAAUUGCCACACAGUUAGAAAUGUGAAUUACACCAUUGUUAUGUUGUCCAACAUUAUUUAUUUGCAGUUCAUGCAGUGUCUCUAAUGUAAUUACUUUUUCUUUUUUUUAAAUUUAUGUAACAUCAAGCUGCGUCAAGCUUUUUUUUCGUUAAUUCCACCGAUCCUUUUUCUAUUUAUAAAUGUGAUUUCGAUGGGCAGUAAAAACAAAAAGUGUCUUAAACGUUUUAAAUGGAGAAAUGUGCUUUAAAGGUUGCCUAUAAAAAGUGCUGUAUGUCAAGCAACUCAUGCUACAAGCUUCACAAUUAAUGUUGUAUGCAAUUUUUACUAUCAUGCAAAUAAGCUUAGGUAAAAUGACUAACCUAUAGAACAACUUAGAGAGAAAAACAUAUGCAAUCUGUGUGAAAAUCGAUGUCUGCGAUGUGUCUUCCUUUGGUUAACAAUCCAAUUCAAAAAGCUAUUCCUGUAUAAAUAUUCUGUAUAAAAGUGUUUCUUUUUUAUGAGUUUAUUUCAAUGAGAACACCAGUUAUUUUGUUACGACUGACUGUUUUAUAAGUGUUUCUCGGUUCCUUCCUGCAGAAAUGUUCUAACUAGAAGUGUUUAAUGAUUGUUAAUUACACAAUUAAACUGUUUGUAUUGUACCACAGAUUUCUUGGCAUUAACUUGACCGGACUCUUUUGCCACCAGAGUGGGCUUUUCUCCUCUGAAAAACAAAAGACCAAACAAUGUGAAUUGUUUUUUUGGUUUGUUUUUUAAAUCUACUGCUAUGACGUAUCAACUCCAGUUACGGCCUGGGGUCGGCCGCAGUCACUGAACACGUUAUUUGUAAUGACUGUAAAUAUCACAUCUUAUGAAUCAUUGAUUGUUUAUUAUUGUAAAUAUACUUGAAGUUUGUGCCAGAGCUCACCAUACAAAAUUGAAAUCAAGGUUCUGUCGUGCCUCUUCCUCUCUAAGCGACUGUACCUGGGCUCUUCUACUGCUGAGUGUAUCUGAAGCACCUGUGAGAUCUGAAAUAAA